GCCACAUCCCGCCGGCACCGCGCGUCACGCAGCGCGCCGCCCGGCGCGGGGGUUGCACGUCGCCGCCCGGUUUCCACGGCAGCGGGCGGUAACGGAAGCCACGGAAUGGAGGGCGGGCGGGCUGCGCCGUGGGAGAUCCGGCUGGCGGAAGCCGAAGCGGGCCGCGCCGAGUACCGUGAGGCCGCCCGGCUGCUGGCCCGGCGCAACGCGGAGCUGCUGUGGCGGCAGCGGCGCUCGGAGAGGGAGGCGGCGGCCGUGCUGGCGCUCGUCACGGAGCAGGGCCGGGAGAGGGCGGCGGAGACUGAGAAACUGAAGAAGGAGCUGAUUGAUUUGAAACAGCAAGCACAAGAAGAGAACAGGAAACUGGAAGACUAUUAUUCCCAACAAAUAAAAGAAUUGGAAGAAAAAUUUCAGAAAAAAGUUGGAGAAAUCAGCCAAAUUCAAUUAGAACUGAAAUUAAUAAAGGAAUUCCGCAGGGAGAAAGCAGCUAUGGAGAAAGAGCUGGAAGAUCUAAAACAGAGUAUCAAGAUCUCAAACAGGAGACAUCAGGAAGAGGUUGUGCAACUGGAGAGGAGGUUUCUUGAAGAGAAGAAAAGACUAGAAGAAGAUGCUGAGAAGAAGCUAAUGAUGACAAGAGAGGCUGCUCGACAUGAAGCUGUUUUGCAACUGAACAGCACUGAGAGACAGGUUUUUAAAGAGAACAUUCGUCUUCAUGGUGCUUCAUCUUAUCACCUGAAAGAGGCAAUGGAAUUGCAGAAAAUGAAACAGAAGUUAGAGGAGGAUAAAACUCUUCUGUUACAAGAAAAGGAAAUCACUGAGGGUUUGAUUAGAAAAAAGAUCCUACAGAUCAACCAGCAGAAAGCACAGAUUGGAGAUCUGCGACAUAAAGUAGAAAAACUGGAGAUGGCCUUAUGUCACAAGACUAAAGAAUUUGAGACAAAGACUCAAAAAACACAGCAUCAGGCACUGAUAGCAAACCAGGCUAGCAUGGUCGAGAUCAAGAAACUGCAGCACCUGCUAGAAAUGAAGGAUCGGGAGAUGAACCGAGUGAAGAAACUAGCUCGGAAUAUCUUAAAUGAGAGGACCGAAGUGGAAAGGUUCUUCCUAGAUGCUCUGGAACAUGUGAAGCAGGAGAUCAUAGCCAGUAGAAAGCACUAUAAGGAAAAGGCCCAAGCUGUCUAUUACAGAAAAAUGAUGGAGGCAUGUGCAGGGAUGGAAGAAUUUCCCAAAAUCAAAACAUUCAAUAGCAACAUGAACAGCACAAAUAGUGUGUACAGAGACCUAGAAGAAGCAGAGAAAUGCUACUGGGAAAAUACCCAGUUUGAAAAAGUAGACAUCAGUGAGUUGACGUGGGAACAAAAAGAACGCGUCCUGAGAUUACUUUUUGCCAAAAUGAAUGACACAAAUCUAUGGAAAUACAGCAGAGUUCCGGCUACUCCAGCUCCUGCUGAUGCUAAAGAAGAAAGCACAGCUGGCACAGAAAAUAUUUCUUCCAACCAGAUAUUCAUUACACAGCAGGCUGAACUAUGAGUCAUUAUCUUCUGCAGUAAUCUUUCCAUGUAUUCAGAUGUUAACACUACAGAUAGAGUAAGGCAGCUGUACACUUGGCAU